GUGGAAGAAGCAGAUGGAAUGACAGCUGAAAUGACGUGUGUAGUACGGGGAGGCGGGGAGGUCCCUGAGAAGAGCAGAUCGGAGGCAGUGGGCAUGGCUUGAUCGGAGACUGGGAGUAGAGAGUAGCGCUGUGAUCACAGGCGCUGUCCACUUCUCUGCUGGUUCUGAAGUCUGGCGGCCAUCCAGCGUCCAUCUCUGAGUCCCGUACACAGGGAGCCUGACCUCGGUACACAGGGAGCCUGACCUCCGUACACAGGGAGCCUGACCUCCGUACACAGGGAGAGGAGCCCCGGACACCGCUGUCCUCUAUCCAGCCUCGGAUAUCGCUGUCAGCACUUGUUGGGAUUUCUAUCUUGCUGUAUCUAAAUACUUUUUGUUGGAUUUAGUGUGGCUUUUUUUUUUCUGGAUUACCCUAAAACGUGAGAGAAGACUUCACCCAGCCCAGGACAAGAUGUCAUCCUGGCACACAGUUGUUUUAUGUAUGGGCAGCUUUUUCUUGCUAAUUCAAGGGAGACCAGCAAAGGAAGAGUUUAGUGUUAAGCCUUUUUCGCCAUUCAUCAGACUACGGCACAAGCAGGAGAGACAUCAUGAUGUGACAAGAAACAAAGGUUAUUUUGAUCAUGAGGAUGGACACGGAUCUUGUGAAAACAAGUACUGUGGCCUUGGAAGACAUUGUGUAAUUAACCAAGAGACCAGACAAGCAGAGUGUGCAUGUAUGGAGCACUGUAAACCUCAUUAUAAGCCUGUCUGUGGCUCAGAUGGAGAGUUCUAUGAAAAUCACUGUGAAGUUCACAGAGCAGCGUGUCAUAAAAAGCAAAAAAUAUUUAUGCUUCACAAUGAAGAUUGUUUUCUUAAAGGAGACAAGUGCAAAUCACCAGAAUAUAUUAAGAUGAAGAAUGCAUUACUGGAUUCCGAGAACCAGAAGCGAGCCAGAAAGGAAAGCGAGAAGGAAAAUACUGACAAAUUUGGUCUUAAAAAGAUUUUGGUGGAUCAGAUGUUCAAAUAUUUUGACAGUGACAGCAAUGGACUAGUGGAUACAAAUGAAAUUACUCAGGUAAUAAAACAGGAAGGUUUUGGAAAAAUGCUGCGGGAAUGUUCCCUCUAUGACCUCAUGAAGUAUGAUGAUUCAAAUGGUGACAAGCAUUUGUCUCUGGAUGAAUUCUACAGAGCGUUUAGAAUUGUUCAGCUGAGCCUUCCAGAAGACCAGUUAGUAAGUUAUACAACAGUAACGGUUGGGCAAAGCGUUGUCUUGAUCUGUGGCAUACAAGGGAAUAUGAGACCUCCUAUCAUCUGGAAACGCAACAAUGUCGUUCUAAACAACUUGGACUUGGAGGACAUCAAUGAUUUCGGAGAUGAUGGAUCUUUAUACAUUACCAAGGCUACCACAAUCCACAUGGGGAAUUACAGCUGUCAUGCUGAUGGCUAUGAUAAGCUUUUUCAAACUCAUAUCCUUCAAGUGAAUGUUCCACCUGUUAUUCGAGUCUUUCCAGAAAGCCAGGCCAGAGAGCCAGGUGUGACUGCCAGUCUUAGAUGUCAUGCUGACGGAAUCCCACAGCCCCAGCUUAGUUGGCUUAAAAAUGGAAUAGACAUUACUACAAAAUUAUCCAAGCAGCUAACAUUGCAAGCAAAUGGGAGUGAGGUUCACAUCAGUAAUGUCCGCUAUGAAGACACGGGGGCAUAUACAUGUAUAGCAAAAAACACAGCCGGAGUUGAUGAAGACAUCUCUUCUCUCUUUGUAGAAGACUCUGCAAGGAAGACACUGUCCAACAUAUUGUGGCGAAAAGAAGGUCUUGGGAUUGGAAACUUGUUUUAUGUGUUCAAUAAUGAUGGCAUCAAAGUCAUUCAACCUGUCGAAUGUGAAUAUCAAAGACAUAUUAAGAUGACAGAAAAAAUCUUUGGAACCCAGGAUGAAGUGUGUCCAAAGAUAGAAGGACUUGAAACGGAAAAUUGCGUAUGGGCAUCAGCUGUUAAUGUAAAAGACAAAUUUAUCUAUGUGGCUCAGCCUAAACUAAACAGGGUCAUUCUUGUUGAUAUACAGGCACAAAAAGUUGUGCAGGCAGUGAACACAGAUCCCAUUCCAGUGAAGCUACAUUAUGAUAAGUCACAUGACCAAGUCUGGGUACUAAGUUGGGGCAACAUGGAGAAAACAUCUUCUACAUUACAGGUUAUUACACAAGCAAGUGGAAGUGUUUCACAUCAUACCAUCCAUACUCAGCCAGUUGGAAAGCAUUUUGACAGAGUUGAUGACUUUUUCAUCCCGAGUACAACGCUGAUAAUUAAUCACAUCAGGUUUGGAUUCAUCCUUCACAAAGAAGAAGCAGCACUUCUAAAGAUUGAUUUGGAAACUAUGUCCUACAUCAAGACAGUCAGUUUAAAAGAUUACAAUUGCAUCCCUCAGUCUUUGGCUUACACCCAUCUUGGGGGAUAUUAUUUUAUUCACUGCAAACCUGAUACAACAGGAGCUAUCCUUCCACAAGUAAUAGUGGAUAGUGUAACUGAUGUUGUCAUUGGCUAUAACAAGGAUGUAACUGGUCUCCCAUAUAUCUCCCCAGAUGGACACUACCUUGUCAGCAUUGAUGACAUUAAAGGAGUAAUGAGAGUACAAUUAAUAACAGUCCAAGGAGAAAUUAGGGAUUUAUUUGACAUUCAUACUAAUCUGCAUAUAUCUGAUGUGGCCUUUCAAUCAUCAUUCAUAGAAGCUCAUCAAUACAAUGUCUAUGCAAGUUCAAGCACACAAACUGAUGUACUCUUCGUAGAACUCUCAUCUGGUAAGGUGAAAAUGAUAAAGAGCCUUAAAGAACCAGUCAAGCUAGAAGAAUGGCCAUGGAGCUCCAAAAAUCGAAUUAUCAUAGAGAGUGGCCUCUUUGGACAAUACUUAAUGACACCCUCUAAUAAUUCUCUGUUUAUUCUAGAUGGAAGACUCAACAAAUUAAACUGUGAGAUCACUGAAGUUGAAAAAGGCAACACAAUUGUUUGGGUUGAGGAAGCGUAGGAUUUGCAGCUUAAUGUUUUCAUUAUUUCUUUCUUUUUUUUUUCCAAUGGGGAUAUUUGUUUCUUUUAGGUUGGCAAGCAUUUGCAGAUUUACAUAUUUUAAAAUAAUUUUGCAGAUCCCAGAAGGUUUUUAUUUUUUUCAUAUUUUAGUGAGUUGCACUUAACUGUUUACUAAUUAGCUCUACACACAAAAUGUAUAAUUAUAUAACUUUGUAUAGUUUUCAUAAAAUGAUGUCUAAAAAAACAAAAAUACAAAAUGUUUUUCCAGGAACAGAAAUAAUGAUUUUAGUUAAUUAUCAGGACAUGUUUAUGUUUCAUUAGUCAAGUAUGUCUGAUUUUUUUUAGAAACAGUCUUGUCCCUUGUUUGAUUUGUGCCUUGGGUGGAACAUUUUAUAAGAAACAAACAAAAAUGGAAAAUUAUAACGUGUUUCCAGUACAUGUUGUGAUUUGAACCCAAGCACUUGUUUAUCAUAAAUCGAAAUCAUAAAUUAUGUCAUUACUUACUUUGUUUCACUAAGUUUUUAAAAAUAUAAUAGUGGAAUGUGCUACUGGCAUAACAUCAUGUAGAUUUUUGACAUUUCUCUUUUAAAUUAAGUUUGUCAGGGACUGAUUUCAGGUAUAAAACAUAAUUACAAAUUGUUCAGUAAAUUUGUAUUUUCAUUUGUAUUACUUCUAAUUUAAGGAUGUUGCAAGGUGAUUGUUUCAUACUACUACAAUUAAUAGCAAAAAGCAUCAAUCUAUGAUUAUGUGUAGUGAAAUAUCUUGUGGGUAUAUACUUAUUUUACACUUUAGUAUUUUUAUAUUACUUAUGGAUCUACACUUUACAUUUGAAUUUAUUUCAAAAUGCCAUUGCCUGGCUGCUAACAGACCUUGUUGUUCUUUUUUUGGCAUUUUAAAUGGUUUAUGUUGUAUCAGUUACUUGUACAACACUACUCUUUGUGAGAAUGGUGGUAGAAAGAAUAAACAUAAGAAUAAUACCAAAA